UUUGAUUAGAAAGGGGGAAGAGUAAUUCAUCUGUCAUUUAUCAUGGUUCAUUCAUCAGGACUAUCACUGACAGUUUAGACACAAGUGGAGGGGGAAGUCUACGUCAAAAUUCGUGGGUAAAAUGUUGAGUGGUUUUUUUUGCUGAUCCAGUGUUUCGGCAAGUUUCAGAUGAAACAAUAAUUGCCUCAAAGACAAAGGAAUGAAUCAUUCUUUUCCUUUCUAUUUCAAUGAGUAUUUUUUUAAAUCGUUACAUCACUAGACUCGAGGAUUAAUCACUUUCUCAGUAGUUUCUUUCGAAUUCCCCGAGUGACCUUUCGACAUCACAAAGGUUUAAAGAUACUCGAGACAGAAAGUACCUCGGUGAUUUGUGAUAAGGCUUCGCCGAGAUAAUUGAAGAUUACAGACAUGGGCGGAUUAACGGGGGAACUAUGUGACAUUUUGAUACGAUUGUUUCACAUGCGAUAAGAAAUGGCCAAUAUUUUUCGCCGCUGGCGAAUAUGGAUUUUGCCAGUGCUCACAGGCCUUUAUGCACUUUUGAUAUGUAUAUUAGUGCCCAUAUUGUUAACAAAAUCCAUGCAGAAUGGUUUUAAAAAAGAGGAUCAGGGUGCUCUUCUCGGCGGUGGAUUCGCCCUUUUAGCUUUACCCAUAGCUUUUUAUGAAAUAAUCCAGCAUAUGAUUCAUUACACACAACCGAGGUUGCAGAAGUACAUCAUCAGAAUCCUGUGGAUGGUGCCAAUUUAUGCAGUAAAUGCUUGGCUAGGUUUAAUUUACCCGAAAAUAAGUAUUUACGUGGACAGUUUGCGUGAGUGUUACGAGGCGUAUGUAAUAUACAAUUUUAUGAUGUACCUGUUGGCCUACCUCAACGCCGAUCAUCAGCUGGAGCACAGAUUGGAGAUGUCACCACAAGUUCAUCACAUGUUUCCACUCUGCUGUAUUCCAGAUUGGGAAAUGGGACACGAAUUUGUGCACAUGUGUAAACAUGGAAUACUUCAGUACGCCGUUGUCAGGCCUUUGUCCACAUUAAUUUCAUUCAUAUGCGCCUUGAAUGAAGUUUAUGGGGAAGGCGAAUUUCGUGGGGAUGUUGCCUUCCCCUACAUGAUUGCUUUCAAUAAUUUAUCCCAAUUUGUGGCAAUGUACUGCCUGGUACUCUUCUAUCGAGCCAAUGCCGAAGCUCUCGAGCCAAUGAAGCCUAUUGGAAAAUUUUUGUGUAUCAAAGCUGUGGUCUUCUUCUCGUUUUUUCAAGGUGUUCUGAUAGCAAUACUGGUGUAUUGCGGUGUGAUAUCGAAUAUCUUUGACACUGAUAAUACUGAUGACAUUAGACAUAUUUCUGCUAAACUCCAAGACUUCCUUAUCUGCAUUGAGAUGUUCCUGGCGGCUGUGGCUCAUCACUACAGCUUUAGUUACAAGCCAUACGUUAAUUUAGCACAGGGUGAGCCCUGGUGGGAUGCAUUCAGGGCGAUGUGGGACGUCUCGGACGUUCACAACGACAUAAAAGAGCAUUUCAGUGUUGUUGGUUCGUCUCUCAGUCGAAGAAUUCGGGGUCGUGGAGCUUAUCAACAGACCUGGGGGCACGUCAACGAGCGAACUUCUCUUCUGCCAGAUCAAGUGAUCCCGACAGCACACAGUGCACCUGGUGGAUCGUUCUCUGGUUACACUAGUGAUCCUGGACACAGUGACAAUCAAUUUGGCUCUGUGGAGGAUCUCACGGAGCCACGUGCCAGUGGAAAUAACGUAAUUACGUAGCGAAGAAGACUCGUGUCGAUAUCAGGGAGAAAUUGUACAAUUGAGAGAAUUCGCCGUAGAAAUCCCCUGGAGAUUAAUUGAUAUUACAGAUUCAUUAUUUUUUGAUCAGUUUGUUAUGGCUGUGGGCUCUCUUUUGGUGUAAGAUUUUAUUCCUAGAAACUGCGUUACGUAUCCAGUAAUUAUUCUUCAUCAUUUUCAGCGGAGGAUUUCGUGGAUUUUGUAAUUAUUUUUUUGACAAGUCGGUCAUUAUUUUUUCUGUGUAAUUUUAACGUAAAGAGAAGUAGUUAAUAUUUUGAAGGAGUGUAAUUAAAUGGAGACGAGUGAAGAAUGGUCCAUAGAGAUUAUUGCAACUAUUCAGUGUUGUGGAUAUUCCAAGGAGAACAGAAAGUCUUCUCUCUCUCAUUUUAUUUCCAUUAGUGAAUACGAAAUAAUGCAUCGCCAAAUCAUGUGAACCAAAAAUCAUUGUUGUAAAUAUGACACGUUUGUACUGGUCAAGAAGGGGUCAUAAAAAUGAGAACGUGAUUGCAAUAUAAUUAUUUAUACAUAUCUGACAGUGUGCAUCUGUGAUUGUCAAAAUUAUUAAAUCGUGUGAUUGUUCUGAAAUAUUCCGAGAACUUUAUAAAAACCUCUCCAUUAUUUUAUUGUCUAAUUCCUGCUCGAUUGAAAGUCAAUUAUUUAAUUUUAAAAUAAAUUAUGCGCGUGGAGUACUGGGAGAAGAGGAAACAGUUGCAGAGCAGCUUGCGAUCAGAUCGAGAUAAAAAUCGGUAUCUGUAUUAAAAUAUUUAUUCAAAAUAAAAUGUAUUAUUUUAAGAGUA